AUGCGCGAGGACGGCAGCUGCAUGCUCGCAGACCUGGGCGUCGCCGCCAUCACCCAGCGCGGCGCGAGCGCGGUCAACCUGGCGCUCGCCAUGCACCGCACGAUGCGGUCGACGUUUGUGGGCACCCCCUGCUGGAUGGCGCCGGAGGUCAUGGCCCAAGCCGGCGGGUACGACGCGUCUGCAGAC